AUGGACCUCCACCAUCUCAAUCUCUUGAGAUGUAGGUUUGAAGAUGCGGACAUAGAAUCCACUGGGAGGAAAGAAGAAACCCGAGCCACCCCACAGACUUGCGCAGCCCUGGCGAGCGAUGCUGAGCGAGUUGCACGAUUACCGAUUCCCAACCUCCAACAUCGCUGCCUUGUCGACAUUCUGGUGGGCGAAGAACGCGCCUUUGCUCGAUCUCGCAAAGGGCCCAAAUUCUCGUUUGCAGGUAAACCAGUUCAUCGGCCUCACUACACUGUGCUUCAUCGCCAUGGUCGAGCCCGCGAGCAUGUUCUUCGAGGCGCACCCUCAAUGGUCGGUUACCUGCACUAUGGAUACGUCAACGGAGAUCGCGAGGGACUCUUCGAGGUGUGUCCAGAUCCGCGUGGAUACAUCAACUGGAUCGGCGCGGCGAUUGCCAAGAAGCGACUGGCUCAAAUAACCCCUCCGAGGGACCGCGAACAUAUCCAUUUGUACGACGCUGAGAUUACCGCUGAGCUUCUCAAGGCGCUCACUUAUCCAAAACUUGCCACAGCGUGCAUUGAGUGGCCGGUGAUUCGACGAAGACAGCUUGCAUUCAAGCCGUAUGACACCUUUGCCGACCGUCUUACCGCUGAGUUGGUAGCUCCCAGGCCUCUACGCCUCGUCAAAAGCACUGCUUCAUCUGAAAUCCACGGCAACAAAAGAGGGCCCGAGCAAGAAAGCAGCAAUUCCUCCAAGGCGAGGCGGCUGCGUUAG